CUGCAUCACCGGCCAUACAGAAACAAGGCGAGCCUCCAUAUCCACAACGACAGGCGCCACAGCUACCACCCCGUCCCCAGGGAUACUUUCCUAACCCAGGGUUUCUGGGCCCCGCUGACCAUCAAAGCCCUUUCCAACAGGGGCCUCCAGAGAAUACUCCAUACCCCCAAUCCAUGUCAUAUCCGCUCCACGACCUGCAGCAGCAGUCUCAACAUCCGUUCCACCCUACAGUCCACAGACUGAAUUCUAGCAGCCAGUUCAACAAUCACGGCUAUGGACCGGGACUGAAUGGACAGGAUUCUGAGGACGAGAGUCUGUACUCGCACCAUGGGAUCCCCAACCAUUGUGGCACAAUAUGCUCGUCGUCGUCGCAAAACUCGUUGUUCCACCACCAAGAUUCAGGACUGAGCGAGGAGCGACAUCCCCACGUCCGAUCCUUCGCCGACUCCAGCAGGACGCCCAGCACCGAUCCUGUCCUCCACAAGGGUAAGGGUCGGCGGGAUGGGCCAUCCGAAUCCGACUCGGAGACUUUCAGCGACUCGCGCUCUGACGCCGUCAUGUCCCCGAACGCAAGCACAACCGCAGGAGCCGACGUCGAUCUCUUUGGCCCCUUCAGAGGCCCCGACGACGGCCGCUACACAGGCUACUCCCCAUCCUCGGAUGCGCUGCUCUCGCUGCUGGAACACAAGAAGAGCCCCCUCGCGGGACACCACUACCGCUAUGACCCACCCUCGACCCCCAAUAACCCCAUCCCAGACCAACAGCAGCUGCCACCAUUCAACCCAUACACUGCAUGGACAAUCGAGAAGGGUGUCCCCUUGGCCCGGGAGGAAAUCGAGGGCAUCAUGCUGGACCUGACGCGAAAGUUUGGUUUCCAACAGGAUAACAUGCGCAAUCAGCUGGACGCAUUCAUGACAAUGCUGGACUCGAGGGCAUCCCGUAUGAGCCCCGCACUCGCUUUGACGACCAUUCAUGCAGACUACAUUGGAGGAGAGAACGCCAACUAUCGCAAGUGGUAUUUUGCGGCUCAACUGGACCUGGACGACCACAUGGGCUACCAUUCAGCUCCAGGAAAGAACAAGAGGGUGAACCUAGCCUCGAUGGUGCCCCAGCCUGGCGCCGUUGAUAUUGAGACCCACGAGUCGCUGGCCAUGGCGGAGGAGCACUGGAAGGCGCGCAUGAACAACAUGUCCCAUUUCGACCGUGCACGCCAGGUGGCGCUUUAUCUCUUGAUCUGGGGUGAGGCCUCCCAGAUUCGAUUCCUGCCCGAGUGUCUGUGCUUCAUUUACAAAUGCGCAGAGGAUUUUUACCUCUCACCAGAGUGUCAGCAGCUGAUCAACCCCGUUCCCGAGGGCCUGUAUCUCCGAGACGUGAUCUCGCCUCUGUACCGGUUCAUUCGCGAUCAAGGAUACGAAGUCCAGGGAGACCGGUACGUCAAGCGAGAGCGCGACCACGACUCUGUCAUCGGCUACGACGAUAUCAACCAAGCAUUCUGGAGCCCAGAGGGAAUCGAGCGUGUCAGGCUCCAGGACAGGAAACGGCUUGUCGACAUCCACAUUGCCAAGCGAUGGGGCGCCUUGGGUCAUGUCGACUGGGAGUCUUCCUUCCGCAAAACAUACACCGAGAAGCGGACCUGGCUCCACUUGGCUGUCAACUUUACACGCAUCUGGAUCAUCCACGUCGUCAUGUAUUGGUACUUCACCGCCUACAACACGCCCUUUCUCUACACGGAUGAGAACGCGAGCGAGUCAGGAGUCCAGUGGACGAUCGUAGCGCUCGGUGGCGCGAUAGCGACUUUGAUCAUGCUCCUCGGAGUCUUUUGCGAGUUCAUGUUCAUUCCCCUUACCUGGCAGAACACGACGAUGCUCAUCCAGCGGCUGAUCAUCCUCAUCGUCGUCCUGAUCUUGAAUGUCGCGCCCACGCUAUACAUUUGCCUGUAUAACCGAACUGGCUUAGCCUCCCAGGCUGUCGGCAUCGCCCACUUUGUCGUCUCCGUAAUUACGACGCUCGUCUUUGCCAUCGUUCCGUCGAACCAGCUCUUUGGUGGGAGCUCCAAGACCUCACGCAAGAACCUUGCUUCUCAAACGUUCACUGCUUCCUUUCCGAGGCUCAAGGGAUCUGAUCGAGCGCUGUCCAUCUUUCUUUGGAUGCUUGUCUUUGGCUGCAAAUUGGUUGAAUCGUACUUUUUCCUGGCCCGUUCCUUCAGGGAUCCUCUCAAGGCCCUGUAUGCCGAACGUAUCCCCAACUGCAGGGACAAGUACCUGGGCGGCGCAUUAUGUUCGAUUAUGCCCGUGUUCACAGUGGUGAUCAUGUUUGUGGUCGACCUGGUCCUCUUCUUUCUCGAUACGUAUCUUUGGUAUGUCAUCUGGAACACCAUCUUCUCCGUCGUCCUGUCUUACCGCCUCGGUAUCUCGGUCUGGACUCCGUGGCGAAGCAUCUUUUCACGUCUCCCCAAGCGCAUCUACGCAAAACUGCUUGCCACCGCCGACAUGGACGUCAAAUACAAGCCCAAGGUCCUUUGCUCUCAAGUUUGGAAUGCCAUCGUGAUCUCGAUGUACCGCGAGCACCUGCUGUCGAUCGAGCAUGUCCAGCGUUUGCUCUACCAGCAGGUCCCAUCCGAAAACGAAGCCAAAAUGACUCUCAAGGCGCCAACGUUCUUUGUGUCCCAGGAGGAUUCUUCCAUCAAGGCCGAGUUCUACCCCUAUCGUUCCGAGGCAGAGCGCCGCAUCAACUUUUUCGCCCAGUCUCUGUCGACACCUAUUCCAGAGGCGGUGCCCGUCGACGAGAUGCCGACGUUCACAGUGCUGGUCCCUCAUUAUUCUGAAAAGACAUUGCUUUCGCUCCGAGAGAUUAUCAGGGAGGAGGAUCAGAACACACGCGUGACACUCUUGGAAUACCUCAAGCAGCUGCACUCAGUUGAGUGGGAUAACUUUGUCAGGGACACCAAGAUUCUGGCUGAGGAAACAUCCAUGUUUGAGGGCGCAGGCGCAUUUGGAUUGUCUGGCUUCGAGGGUGAUAAGGAGAGCCAUCGCGACUCGGGCAAGAACAAUGACGACCUCCCCUUUUACAGCAUCGGAUUCAAGUCCGCGGCACCCGAAUACACGCUCCGUACACGUAUUUGGGCUUCGCUCCGUACUCAGACCCUGUACCGCACCGUAUCUGGAUUCAUGAAUUACUCCAAGGCCAUCAAGCUGCUCUACCGUAUCGAAAACCCCGAGAUUGUUGCACAGUUCGGUGGCAAUGGAGAUCGCCUGGAGCGCGAACUCGACCGACUCUCGCGGCAGAAGUUCAAGUUUGUGGUGUCGAUGCAGCGCUUCACAAAGUUUAGCAAAGAGGAGGCCGAGAAUGCCGAGUUCUUGCUUCGCGCCUACCCUCAGCUUCAGAUCGCAUACUUGGACGAGCGCCCACCGGAGAUUGAGGGAGAGGACCCGGUUGUGUACUCGGUUCUGAUCGACGGAACCUGUGAACUCAUGCCCGACGGAAAGCGACGACCACGUUACCGCAUUCGACUCCCUGGUAACCCGAUCCUGGGUGACGGCAAGUCCGACAACCAGAACCAUGCUAUCAUCUUUGCCCGCGGCGAAUAUGUUCAAUUGGUGGACGCGAACCAGGACAACUAUUUGGAGGAGGCGCUCAAGAUCCGUAAUGUUCUCGGGGAAUUUGAGCAGCUGCAUAUGCCUCAAAUCUCGCCCUACUCGCCCCAGAUCACGUCCAAGGACGUUCCUGAACCAGUCGCUAUUGUGGGAGCCCGCGAGUACAUUUUCUCGGAGAACAUUGGUGUCCUCGGCGAUGUCGCCGCCGGAAAGGAACAGACAUUCGGUACCCUGACCCAGCGCAUGAUGGCCAAGAUCGGAGGCAAGCUUCAUUACGGCCAUCCAGAUUUCCUCAACUUCAUUUUCAUGACGACCCGUGGAGGUGUCAGCAAGGCUCAGAAGGGUCUUCAUUUGAACGAGGAUAUCUAUGCCGGAAUGACGGCCUUCAAUCGCGGAGGAAGGAUCAAGCACACGGAGUAUUACCAGUGCGGCAAGGGGCGUGAUCUCGGCUUUGGCUCCAUCCUCAACUUCAAUACUAAGAUCGGCACUGGCAUGGGAGAGCAGAUGCUGUCACGCGAGUACUACUACUUGGGAACGCAGUUACCUCUCGAUCGCUUCCUGACGUUCUAUUACGCCCAUCCGGGAUUCCACAUCAACAACAUCUUUAUCAUGCUCGCCGUGCAACUGUUCAUGAUCUCCAUGCUGUUCAUCGGAGCCAUGGCUUCGUCCGUCGAGGUCUGCGCGGACGUUACACAGGACGACUGUGUCAACUUGGUGCCUGUGUACGACUGGAUCAAGCGCUGUGUCAUGUCCAUCUUCAUCGUGUUCUUCAUCGCCUUCCUGCCCUUGUUCCUGCAGGAACUCAUGGAACGCGGCUUUCUCCGCAGUCUGAUCCGUCUCGGGAAACACUUUAUGUCGCUCUCGCCCCUGUUCGAGGUCUUUGUGACACAGAUCUACACCAACUCGAUCUUGACCAAUUUGUCGUUCGGAGGCGCUCGGUACAUCGGGACCGGUCGUGGGUUUGCGACGACGCGAACGCCAUUUACGCUGCUGUACUCAAGAUUCGCUGGCCCUUCGCUCUAUCUGGGAAUGAGGACGCUCCUGAUGCUCAUCUUUGCGUCGAUGACGAUGUGGGUGCCACACUUGAUCUACUUUUGGGUCUCGGUCCUGGCCUUGGUGAUCUCGCCCUUCAUCUUCAACCCCCACCAGUUCGCGUUCACAGAGUUCUUGCUCGACUACCGCGAGUUCCUGCGAUGGCUCUCUCGCGGCAACUCUCGUACACAUGUCUCGUCCUGGAUCUCGUACUGCCGCACCCUCCGAACCCGAAUCACCGGAUACAAGCGCAAGCGACUGGGCCACCCCUCAGAGAAACUCGGAGGUGAUAUUCCCAAAGCCCACUUCUCGGUGAUUUUCGUCUCCGAGAUCGUGCUUCCGUUGCUCCAGGCGAUACUCUGUGUGAUCUGCUAUAUGUUUGUUCGGUCCUUCCCCAGCGGUGUCACCAACCAGGGUGGCGCUGUGUAUACAAGUGGGUUACUCCGAGUCGCCAUUUUCGCCCUAGGUCCUAUUGUGGUCAAUGCUACGGUAUUGGCGGGGCUUUUCGCUCUCUCGCUGAUCCUGGGACCCUUGAUGAACAUGUGCUGUGCAAAGUUUGGGUCGAUCAUGGCAGCGAUUGCGCACGGUGUCGCAGUGUUGUCACUCCUCGGCUUCUUUGAGGCGCUUUGGGCGCUCGAGUCGUGGAACGGUUCACAAGCGAUUCUGGGAAUUAUCGCGGCCAUCGCAGUACAACGAUUUGUGUUCAAGGUCUUGACCGCAGUCUUCCUGACGCGCGAGUUCAAACACGACGAGACGAACCGAGCCUGGUGGACGGGCAAGUGGCACGGACGUGGGCUGGGCAUGUACGCGAUUUCCCAGCCGUUGCGUGAGUACGUGUGCAAGAUCAUUGAGAUGUCGAUGUUUGCGUGCGAUUUCCUGAUGGGCCAUAUCAUCCUGUUCCUGCUGUUCCCGAUCUGUUUGGUACCCUGGAUCGACCGGUGGCAUUCGACCAUGCUGUUCUGGCUGCGGCCGAGCAAACAGAUCCGGCCACCGAUCUUUUCGGCCAAGUUGCGUGCGCAACGUCGUCUCGUCGCUUGGACCUAUGGGACCUUGUUCCUGCUGUUGUUGGCGGUCUUUGUGAUGUUGAUUGCGGGACCGUUGAUGUUCCCACAGUAUAUGCCCAAGGAUCUUGGCAAGACCAUUCCUGUCUAAGAGCAGAGCUGGGUUUUUUUUUGUCUUUUUGGCUUUCUUUUUUCGUUUCUCGUCCCUCUCCUACUCUCGUUCGAUUUCUGUAACAUAGUUCAUUUUUCAUUUUUCAUUUUUCAUUU